AUGGCGGCGACGGAGCUGAGAGGGGUGGUGGGGCCGGGCCCGGCGGCCAUCGCAGCUCCGGGCGGCGGCGGCACGGGUCCCCCCGUGGUGGGAGGCGGCGGCGGUUCGGGCUCGGCUCGAGAGGGCUGGCUCUUCAAAUGGACCAAUUAUAUCAAAGGCUACCAGCGGCGGUGGUUCGUGCUGAGCAACGGGCUCCUGAGCUACUACAGGUCAAAGGCAGAAAUGAGACACACUUGCCGUGGUACCAUCAACCUCGCCACGGCCAACAUCACCGUGGAGGACUCCUGCAACUUCAUCAUCUCCAACGGCGGCGCUCAGACCUACCAUCUGAAGGCAAGCUCAGAAGUGGAGCGGCAGCGCUGGGUGACGGCCCUGGAGCUGGCCAAGGCGAAGGCUGUGAAGAUGCUGGCAGAAUCGGAUGAGUCAGGAGAUGAAGAGUCUGUCUCACAAACCGACAAGACAGAGCUGCAGAAUACCCUGCGGACGCUGUCCAGCAAAGUGGAGGACCUGAGCACAUGCAAUGACCUGAUAGCCAAGCACGGCACGGCGCUGCAGCGCUCCCUCAGCGAGCUGGAGGCCCUGCGGCUGCCCGCCGAGAGCAACGAGAAGAUCAAGCAGGUCAAUGAGCGGGCCACGCUCUUUAGGAUAACGUCCAAUGCCAUGAUCAAUGCCUGCAGAGAUUUCCUCAUGUUAGCCCAGACCCAUAGUAAAAAGUGGCAGAAGUCCCUUCAGUAUGAGAGAGACCAGCGUAUCCGGCUGGAGGAGACCCUGGAGCAGCUGGCGAAGCAACAUAAUCACCUGGAGAGGGCCUUCCGGGGGGCCACAGUGCUGCCGGCCAACACUCCGGGCACUGCUGGUUCUGGAAAAGACCAGUGCUGCUCUGGCAAAGGAGACAUGAGUGAUGAGGAUGAUGAGAAUGAGUUUUUUGAUGCUCCUGAGAUCAUCACCAUGCCCGAGAAUUUGGGCCACAAACGGACUGGCAGCAACAUCAGCGGAGCCAGCAGUGACAUCAGCCUGGACGAACAGUACAAGCAUCAGCUGGAAGAGACCAAGAAGGAAAAGAGAACUAGAAUACCAUACAAGCCAAACUACAGCCUCAAUUUAUGGAGCAUCAUGAAGAACUGCAUUGGAAAAGAACUCUCAAAGAUCCCCAUGCCGGUGAACUUUAAUGAGCCCUUAUCCAUGCUUCAGCGCCUUACUGAAGAUCUGGAAUACCACGAGCUGUUAGACCGAGCUGCAAAAUGUGAGAACUCUCUAGAACAGCUCUGUUACGUUGCAGCUUUCACCGUGUCCUCCUACUCCACUACUGUCUUCCGUACCAGCAAGCCAUUCAACCCACUCCUUGGGGAGACUUUCGAGCUGGACCGAUUAGAGGAGAAUGGGUACCGAUCCCUCUGUGAGCAGGUGAGUCAUCAUCCCCCUGCUGCUGCACACCAUGCCGAGUCCAAAAAUGGCUGGACAUUGCGUCAGGAAAUCAAAAUCACCAGCAAAUUCCGAGGCAAAUACCUCUCCAUCAUGCCCCUCGGUAGUAUCCACUGUAUUUUCCAUGCAACGGGGCACCAUUACACUUGGAAGAAGGUUACCACAACGGUGCACAACAUUAUCGUGGGCAAGUUGUGGAUAGAUCAGUCUGGUGAAAUUGAUAUUGUGAAUCACAAGACGGGAGACAAGUGCAAUCUUAAAUUUGUUCCUUAUAGCUACUUCUCUCGUGAUGUAGCAAGAAAGGUGACAGGGGAAGUGACAGAUCCAUCAGGAAAAGUUCACUUCGCCCUUCUGGGGACAUGGGAUGAGAAAAUGGAUUGUUUCAAAGUACAGCCAGUCGUUGGGGAAAAUGGGGGUGAUGCUCGGCAGAGAGGCCAUGAGGCAGAGGAAAGCAGGGUCAUGCUAUGGAAAAGGAACCCUUUACCGAAGAAUGCAGAAAACAUGUACUACUUCUCAGAGCUUGCUCUGACGCUCAACGCCUGGGAAAGUGGCACCGCCCCCACAGACAGCCGAUUGCGGCCUGACCAGAGACUGAUGGAAAACGGGCGCUGGGAUGAAGCCAAUGCUGAGAAGCAGCGCCUGGAGGAGAAGCAAAGACUUUCCAGAAAGAAGAGAGAAGCAGAAGCUGUGAAAGCCACAGAGGAUGGCACUCCCUACGACCCCUAUAAGGCGCUCUGGUUUGAGCGGAAGAAGGACCCUGUUACCAAGGAGCUAACCCAUAUUUAUAGGGGAGGAUACUGGGAGUGUAAAGAAAAACAGGACUGGACCUCAUGCCCAGACAUUUUCUGAAACAGCAGCAACGAAAAAGAGGAGGAUCCAAAGGAGGACAGAAGAUGUGCGGGAAGGCGGGCGUUUGGGGCUCUGACCAAGCGCUUUCCUCCCGUUUGUCUGUCUU